GUCUAUAGCCAUCGCGAAGUGAUCGCGUUAAAAACUUAAAAAUUGUAUUAAGAAAAAAAAAAAAAAAUGGAUUUAAAGGCCGUUGUUGUUCCCGGCGAGGCACCGGAAUCCGACGACGAAUCUGUCAACGUGACAACGGGACCCGGUUUCCAGCCAAAACGAAUUCUCAAUCCGUGUGGCACGAUUAUUCCAGGGGAAGCGCCAGAGUCCGACGAUGAUGGAACUACCAGCUUAAGUAGCAUAAGUGGAGCUGUUGAGGCGAUUGUUUGCCCUCCUUAUACGGAGGCUAGAGUACAUAAAUCAAAUAGACAUACCUACAAGUACAACAGCUUGCUUCACAAGAAACUGAGGGAUUGUCACCAGAUGCUGGACAAGGAUUUGACUGAGAUUUGUGAAUCUGUUAUUGGUAAAAAUAUUCAGGAGUUGACAUCUGCUAAUAGACAACUGCUAAGGAGUGAACUGACACUGCAAGAAGCCGCUAGCCAGCUGAGAGAUGCUUCUAUUCGUUCAAAGAACGUCGCGAAUGCGCUUCUCAAUGUUACAGAAGCAAAUUUUUUUCAUAGUAUCAAAAUCUGAGCAGUUUCUGCGAUGUUUGAAUUUAGUGGCGUCGCUAGAUGAUUGGACAGUAAAUAAAAUGCUUUAUUAAUGUUUUGUGCAGCAUACACGGUAUAAUAUAGAUACACAUUCAUGUAUUACCCAUUAAAUAUGUCGAUUGUACAAUACAAUGUUUGUUUACUCACUUAAACACGGGUAACUAAGAAAUGUUAAAUCAUUAUCAGAGGCUUGAUAAUUGAGCAUUUAAGUUUUAUUAUUGGCAGUUCUAUUUAUUCUUAUUAUUAACUAAGAGCGGUUUAUUUUAUUUACUUUUAUUACUACUAUUUCUUUUGAAACCAGUGUUUCCAUCUAAAAUUAUAAUUGUAUUUAGCAUUUUUUAUUUUUACCGGUUAAAUUAUCGUUAGCUAAAUAUAUGUAAUUAUCGGUGUAUAACGACGUGCUUGCGAAAUUUAAUUGUUAAAUUUAUAAGAUUCUAUCAAAUAUCACAUACAUCUAGAGUAUGGUAUUAACAUGUGAAAUGUGAAAAUUUACGAUAAUGAAAAUUACCUAAUUAAUCGUAGAUUUAUAAAAAUGCUGUCUAAAAAAGAAUUAGAUACGAGGCUGCCAAAUUCGAUUUUUUAAAUGCAAGAACGCCCUUAUCGGGUCGGAUCGAUAAUAAUAUACAGUAUUGUAUAUAUAUGCAUACCUAUA